CUCUUGAACGUCUCCUUCAUCAAGCUUCCCAGCGUGCAACGCGGUUCUGUCAUGGCUGCUCACUGGUGCCGCUUGCAGCACAUGGGCUGAAAUAAACAGGUUGCCUUAUAGACGUAACAGUAGUGUACCCAGUAGCGGCAAAGAGAGCGAUAGUGUCAAUUAAAAACCAAAUCUUGUCUGAGUGUACAGCGUUUUGGGGUUUUAGGCGGACACGUCGCACGUGAACAAGAAUGGUGCGGGACGUAGAGCUGCCCGUACUGCGAGGCUUUCUCUCUGACAGAGAGACUACGGAAUGGAAGCAGAAUAUUUUCAGCUCUGCAGAGGGUGGCCCCCUGCUCCAGAGCCUGUUGGAGGGGGACUUUGAGGCAGUUCUUCUGAGCCCCCAGGUGCUGGACCUCCUGGGGGCCGAGUCGGAGGCUGUGGAGGGGGAGACCAUCGAGGCCUACCUGGAGAGGAAGGUGCUAGCCUACCUGAGCGACAGCACUGAGGAUGACCGCCUGGAAAGGCAGACAGCUCUGUUGGCAGUAGCUGUUGCCUGUCUCCACCUCUUUGUUCAGAGUAACUGGACAGGACCUCCAGUCAGCCUGCACGUGCCUGACCUGCUGCCGGCCUCCUUACUGCAGUCCCUGUCAGAGCCUCAGGCUCUGCAUGAGUCUCUUCUCAGUAGUCUGUUGCUGGAUGGCGAGUCGGUCUACAGCCUGGUGGCCAACCCCUUCUGCCUCCUCCUGGCCCGCGUGCUGUUGGUCACCUGCCGGCCCCAGCUGGACUCCUUCCAGCUGCUGCCAUGGUGGACUCUACGCUACGUGUCGGUGCACCAGCAGGUGCUGGAGGCUUGCUCCCCCCAGCUCCUCAGCAUCGCCCGGACCUCCAUGGACAACGUGUCUCAGUGCGAGGCCCUCUUCUCCGGUCUGACCAACAGGCACCUGGCUCUCCAGUUCCACCUGGAGUGCGGCUACACCUGCCUGUCCUACUACGAGUACAGCCCGGCCAAAGAGCACUUCGCCAAGGCGCGGGAACUGGCUGAGCUCGACCUCAACAUGACUGGUGCGUUGGGUAAGCGGACGCGGUAUCAGCAGGACUUCCUGGCCCAGCUCGUCCUGGACGUGAGGCGCAAGGGGAAGGCAUCGGUUCCAGAGGAUGAGAACGAAGCCACCCCUUCCCCUACUCCUCUCAGUCUGCUGCCAAAGGACCAUGCCCUGACUGAUGACACCGUGCUGAACAAGAUCAACCUGGCCGAGCCAGAGGAGCACGAGCUGCCUAACCUGUCGGCCGAAGAGCAAGCUGUCAUCCUGGGUGUCUGCACAGACUUCCAGAAGAACAACCCCAUCCACAAACUGACAGAUGAGGAGCUGCUGGCCUUCACUUCAUGUUUGCUGUCUCAGCCAAAGUUCUGGGCGGUGGAGGUGACUGCCCUGAGUCUAAGGACCAAAUUGGAGAGGGGGAGCUCACGCCGUGUGGAACGAGCCAUGACGCAAACACAGACCAUUGUGGACUACUUCGAGGAGAAGGCCUGUCCCGUUAACGAGCGACUGAAGGUGUUCUACUGCUGUCCAGCCCCUCCACGCUGGAGCUUCCAGAGACAGCUGGCCAGUCUGUUGACAGAUCUGGGUUGCACCAGCUCAGCGCUUCUCAUCUACGAGAAGCUGGAGAUGUGGGAGGAUGCUGUCAUCUGCUACGAGAGGAUCGGCCAACAUGGCAAGGUACCAUCACCAGGGACGCCAUCACAGAUCAAGGCGUUCCGCACCCUGCAGGAGGCUCUGAGAUGCAACUUCGACCACUGGCAGAUCUGGGAGAACUUCCUCGUCGUCUGUGUCGAUGUGGGCGAGUUUGGCGAGGCCAUCCGGGCCUACCACCGACUCCUGGACCUGCGCGACAAAUUCAAAGACCCCCAGGUGUUGGAGGUUCUGGUGCGGGCGGUGGUGGAGGACUUGACAGAUAACCAAGGCGCCCAAGCCUCCACACACAAGUCCAAGCUGAAGGAACUCUUGGGCCGGGUCACUUCCUGCUGCAGCACCGACGCCCAACUAUGGCGGAUCUAUGCCCGUCUCUAUGGAGACGGACAGAGCAACAACGCAGAGGACAAUGAGAAAGCUCUGCAGUUCCUGACUAAGGCCCAUCGGUGUGAGACGCAGGCGAGUGGCUGGGAAAAGGACCUCACCACCUUCAGAGAGGUGAUGAAAAGCCGGCACAUGGCCAACGUCUCUCUCAGCUGUUGUAGGACAAAGACUAACCACCAGGAAGCGAUGCAGAUGCUGAACUCUUCGCGUCUCAGCCUUAAGAGUUUGACCACCAAAGCCAAGCAACUGUACACAGAUGUGGUCACAGGGGAGAUCCAGGCAGACCUGAGCGAUGAUGUCAAAAAGCUUGAACAGCUAAUCAAAGAGCUGCAAGACUUGAGCACCCAGCUGCGCAGCCAAUGAGCGCGCCUCUCUGGCCAAGUUGUCCCCGCCCCUCGCUGGAAGCUGCGGACAUGUCAAGAUAAUCAAGACUGAAGGAAGAUGGCGGCAGGACGGGGUCUGCUCGCCUGGAAGCCUUAAUCUUAGUAACCCUCUAUUUUUAUAUUUCAACACAAGCGCAUCACCAAGUGAGCUGCUGAACUCUGAAGCGUUUCCCAUGCAGAAGAAUAUCUGCUGGAGACGACAAAACGAGACUGACUGCACAACGAAUACACCAAUUAAAGAAAUACUACAGCAGAAUAACACACAAACAACAUGUUGUACUGAUCCGAGUAUGUCCUCAUUAGCGAUGUUUGCAUCAUGUGCUAUAUCUCCAAACAUGACCUGGUUAGCUACUCCAAGCUCUGUGCAGUAUCUGUUCUAUACACUUAUUGCGACACCUUUUCCUUGUUUUACAGAUCAUACAACUAUGUAACUAGACACAACUGCACUCAGCCCAUAAUGAGAAUAAAUUCUUUCUUUGUUGUAA